AUGAACAGCAGCGCGCUCUACCCGCCCAACAUGCAGCGCUUGAGCGGCACGGUCAUCGGCUCUGUCGUUCUCCGAGCCAAGCCAGCGUCCUACCUUACUGAAGCCCCUGCCCCGAAACCUCCUCUUACGUCGGAUACCUACGACAAGGUGCGGAGCAACUCGACAGUACUGACGGCUCCUGCAGUCCAGGCCGCCCGUGUGCAAGGAGAGCGUACACUUCUGCCGACACUACGCUUCAGACGUUCACAGUGGUGGCUGCUCCUAGUAGUCGGGUGCGCAGGGCACAUCAUGAAUCAGACACAAGCUUAG